GGUGUGGUGAACACGAUGCCGCUGCGUACCACUGUGAUCGGCAGCUACCCGAAACCAGACUAUCUUGAAAUUCCGGACUGGUUCAAACCUCCUUAUGAAGUCCGACCAACCGAUUACUCCGAGUACUGUAAGAAGACAUCGCUCGAAGAAUUGGAAGAAGUGUUGAAGAAAGCAAUUAAAGAUGUUAUAGAUGAGCAAACCGAACUGGGUAUUGACGUCAUCACCGACGGCGAUAUGAGUAGAGAAAACUACAUCUUCUUUUUUUGUCGGCACAUAAAAGGAUUUGAUUUCGAGAAUCCAAUACUGCGGCCUAUUCGCAAUGGGGCGCUUAAAGCUCAUUUGCCUCGAAUUGUUGGGAAAAUCGAACCAUGCAAUGAAGACGAUUGGGCAGCUAAAGAAUGGAGGAUGGCUCAGGAUAUGUCACGUGUUCCUGUGAAGUACACCGUACCUGGUCCAACGACGAUCAUUGGCACAACACACAACGAAUAUUACAGUAAUGACGAAGAGUUGAGUAAAGACCUGAUAAAAGUAAUCAACAAACAGAUUCUAGGGCUAGUAAAUGCAGGAUGUCGCAGCAUUCAGAUAGACGAACCUGUUUUUGCGAGAAACCCAGAUGUUGCGCUGAAUUAUGGGAUAGAUCAUGCAAUGAAGUGUUUUGAUGGAGUGGGGAAGGAUGUAGUGAAGACAGUUCAUCUGUGUUGUGGAUACCCCACUCACUUAUCCUAUAACCCUACCACUCCCACCAUUAGUGUUGUCAAUGACUACGAUAACAACAAUGACGUUGCAAUUGAAGAUGCGCAUAGACACAAUGACCUGACUCUUCUUAAGCAUUUUAAGAAAUCGCAAGUUGUUCUGGGAGUCCUUGCCGUAGCUAGAAGUCGUGUGGAGACUACGGAAGAAAUACGUAAUCGAUUGUCUGAGGCAUUGAAGUACAUUCCCGCUGAGAGAUUACUGGUGGCGCCUGACUGUGGACUGGGGUUUCUACCGCAUGGCAUUCUUAAACAAAAGUUACAGAAUAUGGUGAAAGCUGCCAAGUCUUUGCCAUGA